CGACAUGGUUGUUGUGUGCGCAUCAAAGUCAUAGAAUCAGCUCUAAUUGCGAGUUUCUUGCUUUUGGUUCUUGGCUCAAUAUCCCUGGAUCGUACCUAUGAAACAGUUUCUCGCUCUAUGCAGUCGCCGUUUGGAUUAUCUUCUCCCCGCACUCUUGGCAGCAGAUAACUAGCCAGGUACAACAGGCGAUCACCGCCGGCCAUGCUUGCAACAAGGCCUCUCCGGUUUAUAUUGCUAGCCGCAUUCGCUAUCUUCGUCAUAACUCUUCUCUCAGGCUAUGGAACCGGCGGAUCCCUAAGCUGGCUCUCGGCAUCCUCAGUCCUCAGCCACGAUGUCGCGCGGGUGUCAUUACGGGAACAUAUGCGCCUGGCAGAGAAGAUCUGGAGCAAGACAGUAGAGCAGAGACAUAGGCUGCUCGCGGAAUGGCGAUACCCGGAAAAUAUGCCAUUAUUCCCGGCCGAUUCCCCAAAGAAAUACCCAGGAUCGCCAUAUUCCAUCUGGGACUUUGUUCCCGCCUCAUGGAGCUGCCCAUACGAGAUGGAGAGAAUAGGACGAAUGGGCGACGGAGGAAAGUGGGUGUGUGGGAUGUCAAAAUAUGAAGAACUUCCAGCCACUCGUCCUUGUGUCAUCUACUCUUUCGGUGUUCAGACCGAGUCUAGCUAUGAAGACGAGACGAUCGAGCGAACGAACUGCGAAAUCUGGGCCUAUGACUACUCGGUGACGAAUUUUGGCAAGCAAUUGAGCUAUGAGCACAGGGCGCGUGCACACUUCACCCAGGCUGGCAUUUCAGGGGUGACAAAUUCCACUUCAUUUCCCCCAUUCUACACUAUCCAGGACCUUAUGAAGAUGAAUGGCCACGAUUAUAUUGAUGUCUUGAAAAUGGACAUCGAAUACGCCGAAUUUGCCUCAUUAUCUUCACUUGACCAGGCAUUCCCUGAGGUUGAUGGAUUUGAGCUCCCAAUAGGUCAACUAAUGGUGGAAUUACAUCUUUUCGGACACGAGGAUAUGACGGGUUAUAACUUCUUGCAGUGGUGGGAAACCCUCGAAGCCCGGGGGUUGCGCCCUGUUUGGACAGAGCCGAACCUGUUGUAUACCACCAUGAGAAUCGAAAAAGGCGACCCACGCUUAGCUGAAUAUACGCUCGUCAAUACCAAAGACCGACGCAGUAUUUUGUUUGAAGGAUUAAAUUGAGUGGUGCCAACAUCGCCCCUCAACACUCGUAUAUGUUGGGCUAUAGUAUUCAGGAUUUUACGUCUGGUAUGGAUUCAGGGGUGCCCCUUAUUUAUGAUAGCAGGAUUUUUAGGGGCAUAACGGUGGAUUUCUCAGUUGUGAUUAUAUGAACGGAAUGAAUAGAUUGUAUAUUAGAUAAUAUGUACCAAU